UCAACGGCGCCACUGCCUACGUCCGUAAAACAGGUGUGGUAUCUCAGUCAGAAAACUGCCGCGCUACAAAACAGUUGAAGUUCAAGAUGGCGGACCUGAAAGUUUUGUUUGUGUUAUUUGUAUUGUGUCUUAUCGAGAAAUGUUAUUCUCAAAGGUCUCCCACGAUUUCUUACAUAAGUCAGAUGCAAAUUAAAGACAUUGGGGGCACAGUGGAACUGUCAUGCUCAGUUCAGUACACAGCCGAUUAUUCUGUCAUCUGGAUGAAAGUUAAUAAAGACCAAUCAGGAUACAGCUUACCAAUUUCAACGGGAAGUUCCCUUAUUUUGCAUGACUCCAGAUUCUCGCUACGUUACGACCCAAGCAGUUCAACUUUCUUGCUUCAAAUAAAAGACAUUCAGGAAACCGAUUCAGGGUAUUACCAAUGUCAAAUUUUGAUUUCACCAAGCAACAGGGUCACUGCAGAAGUGGAAUUGCAAGUUCGUAGGCCGCCUUUCAUCUCCGAUAACUCCACCAGAUCAAUUGUGGUUUCUGAAGGAGAAGCUGUUCAAAUGGAAUGCUAUGCUGGGGGAUUCCCCUCUCCAAGAAUAUCUUGGAGGCGCGAAAACAACGCAAUUCUACCUACAGGGGGUUCGAUAUACAGGGGCAACAUUUUGAAGAUCAAACACAUCAGGAAAGAAGACCGCGGUACUUAUUACUGCGUUGCUGAAAAUGGUGUUGGGAGGGGUACCAAAAGAAAUAUUGCCGUUGAAGUCGAGUUUAAACCCGUUGUAACUGUGCCAAGACCAAGAUUAGGGCAAGCUCUUCAGUUUGACAUGGAUUUGGAAUGCCAUGUGGAAGCUUACCCACCACCAGCAAUUGUAUGGGAGAAAGACGGCAUCCAACUCGCAAAUAACCAGCAUUACAGCAUUUCCCAUUUUGCUACUGCUGAUGAAUUCACUGAUACAACCAUAAGAGUGAUAACCAUUGAAAAAAGGCAGUAUGGCCAGUACACUUGCAAGGCAGCAAACAAACUUGGAACUGAUGAAGGAAGGGUGGAAUUGUUUGAAUCCAUUAUACCUGUAUGCCCUCCUGCCUGCGGAAGCGUUAGAUACGGAGAAGCGGCAACACUGUCGACGAGCACUGCAGCGUUGUUUAUAACGUUGGCAAUCCUGUGUUACAAAAAUUUCAUUACCCAACAUUAACUACCCAGGAGUACUUUUAUACAAUGGUGGUCAAAAACGAGGUUCAUAUCUUAAGAUAUUAUUUUUGUCCAUUCUGUACAUUUUUUUUUAUUUUUAGAAAAUCCCUUAUUAUUUUAAACCAAUUAAAUUGGUUUUCAGCUAUAAAAAUUGCAAUUUUAGAUAGAUAGAAAUUAAAAUUGAAAUUUUUACUUGUAUACAAUUUCUUAACAUGUAAUAAUACUUAAAAAAUAAUGACGUAGCUAUUAAAGGACCACUAGCUUUUAGAAUAAUGUAAAAUAUACAAAAAAUUUAACAAGUUUUUGUGAAUUUUUUGGUAUAAUUUGUACAUAUUUUUGAGUAUAUUUUUAUAAUUUAAAUUUAUAAAAUCAACAAUCAACAUAUAAUUAAAAUAUAAAAAUACUCAAAGCGUUGACAAGUGCUACAGCACAUUUUUUUUUACUUUUACACAGGGUGUUUAGUAUUCUGCUAUUUAUUAAAACCCCUGUAUGUGUACUUUUAGUUUUUUAAAACUUUGUAAUAUAUUUUUAAAUGAUUUUAGCUAGUAUUUGUGGUGUUUAAUUUAAUUUAUUUCUUGUGUACUAUGUAAUACUUAGUAAGUAUACAUAAAGUGUAUAAUUUCUCAAAUAAUAUCUCUACUUUUAUAUUUUUUUACAUUCUUAUUUUAAAAUUCGAAAUGGAGGUCUAAAAUAAAAUGCACAUUUUUAAAGUUUUUUUUUUUAAAGUAUUUUAUAAAUAAAUGAGACUGUAGGAAUUUUGUGAUUAAAACCUAAAAUAUUGUAGCAACAAUUUUGCAUUUUUAUAAUGUUAUUAUGUAAUCUAAAAGUCUGUAUUAUUCGUCCAUUUUUUUAGCUAAUAUACACACAAUUUAAAUA